AUGAAUCAACAAGAUUUUCUUUCAAAUUAUUCUGCCCUGAACGCAAAUCAAUUCAAUAUUUCAAAACCAAUCACAAAUGAGCAAAACAUUAACCAAUUGACUCCUAACAAUUUAAUUUCGUCUAAUCCACCAAUUGAUAUAUUAAACCAUCAAAUCCAGAUGAAUCAGAUGAAUCAAAUGAAUCAAAUGAGUCAAAUGAGUCAAAUAAAUCAAAUAAAUCAAAUAAAUCAAAUAAAUCAAAUAAAUCAAAUGAAUCAAAUGAAUCAAAUGAACACCAGUAACAAAUUUGAAAAUAUGCAAAAUAAUCUUAUUCCAGAAACUGCUAUUGAUUCUGAAAUGGGAAGUUUUAAAGCAACUCACACAACUCCUGUAAACCUGCAAGAUAUCAAUAGUUUUAAUAGUUCUUUGGAACCUAAUACUUUUAUACAGUUAAAUUUGAACAAUAUGGAUAUUCCUAUGCAACUUGUACCAAGUAUGAACAUAGAACCCAACUAUGAAAACAUCAAGAAUUUUGAUACUUCAAAUAUAUCUCAAAAAACUGCAGUUUUGCCAAAUAGCAAAAAAAAACAACCUUCUAACAUUAAAACAAAAGAAAUGAUAGAGGAUGAAAUAGUUGCUAAUAUUCCUUUUUUGUAUAACCGAGGGAUGCCAACAAAUCAAGAAAUCUAUCAACAUACGAUUGCACAAGAAGCAUUAUUGAGAACAUUAAGCAAACCCGAUUCCACCUCAAAUUUAAAAGAUGAUUUGCCCAUUAAGUCCUUUUCUAAUCCAACUCAAACUGAGCUGUUGGUGAGCUCCAAUAUUGCCAAAAACCUUAUUGACAAUGAUAAACAAAACAAAACAAGCGACCCUGUUAAUAUGAAUCAACAAAACUGUAAUUAUAAUGUCUUAUCCACUAGUGAAACUGGUAAUAAUAAUAAUAAUAGUAAUAAUAAUAAUAAUAAUAAUAAUAGCAGUAACUCUUUACAGUCUGAUUUUUUCUCAGUCUAUCCUCUUCAAAAUGUAAAUGUAAAUCUGAGUGAUCCUUCCAAUACUAUUGCAAACUUUAAUUUACAAAAUAAUCAGAAUUUAGGAUUAAAUUCAAACUCUUUUCUAAAUGAUUAUCUGUCCUAUUAUCUAAGCGAAUCUCAGGCUUUUCAAAAAACAAACAAUUUAAACAAUUUAUCUUACGAUAUUCAAAACAUUCAAAACACUCAAAAUACUCAAUCUAAUCAACCCAUUUUAUUAAAUCGCUAUCCAAUUGAUCAAUUAACGAAUAAUCAAAUUUAUCAACAAAAUUUUUAUAAUCAAAAUACUCCGGUUGAACCAGAGAAAGUUAUUACAACUGAUCAAAUAACCAACCAUAAUCAAAACAAUCAAAACAAUCAAAACAAUCAAAACAAUCAAAAUAAUCAAAUUGAAAGCUUAAGCAGUACUCUUGACUUGUCUCAAAAUUUACUUAAUCAAUUUCCCAAAAAUAUUAAUUUUGAGUUGACUAAUAAAACACAAACAGUUUGUUCUAAUAAACUACCACAGACAGAAUUAGCAUCUAUUAAAAUUAAAUCAACAAAAAAACAUGCUAAUGUUAAUUCUUCCAAAACUCAAGAUCAAGGUGUUUUUCCUUCAAAUAAUAGCACCCAAUUUAAAACCAAAACCAAAACCAAAACCAAAUCUAAAUCUAAAUCUCAAUCUCAAUCUCAAUCUAAACUUACACCUAAACCUAAAUCUCAACCUCAAUCUAAAUUCAAAUUUAAAAUCAAAACUAAACUGAAUUUAACUUCGAAUUUAAAUUCCAAAUCAAAGUCUAAAAAAUUAUCCAAUUCACAAAAAUCUUCUCAAAACAGAUCUCAAAACUCGCCAGAAAAAGAGUCUGAACUCCAACCUUAUUCUAAAUCUAAUACUAAUUCUAAAGAACAAACCCAAACCCAAACUCAAAUUCAAACCAAUCAAAAAAUUUCAAGUGCUUCAGGCCAAAAUAAUUCAGGGACUGCUCAAAACCAGGGAAGAGAAUCCGGUUUUAACCAAGACACAAGUAAAUGCUUGCAUUUUACGAAUAGACCUAAAAAGAAUGAUUAUAAUUUCAUUAAUAAUUCUCGUCCUGUCUUUAAAUUAAAAAAAUUCACUGUUCUUCAGCAGGAAGGUUUAAAGAACCUAAAGUUAAAAAAAGACAAAGAAAAGCUUUUGCUGAUUCAAAAUAAAACCGUUCGAGAUAUCAAGAAUCAAAAAAAUAGUAACAACAAUAAAGAUAACUUAAAUAUUCAAAAUGAUAAAAUUAAUGGUCCUAGUUCCAAUCAAAAAACUACUGAUAAUGAAAUAAACAAAAACAAACAAAUUAUUCAAGUAGUUGAAAAUGCUGAUAGUAAAGUCAAUGCCGGCGUUAAAAUUAACGCUGACUUGCAAUCCAAUCAAAAGAGUCAGCUAAAUAAAAAAAUUGAAAAAAACAAAGAUAUCGGUAGAUAUCAAAGAGUUGUUGAUUCACAAGCUUUGGAGCUUGUUGAAAAUAGUGAACAAUUUAACAAAUCUAAUCAAAACACAAGUAAUCAUGAAAAUACUUUUAGUGCCAUCCAAUGCACAAAUGGAAAUCAAGAUAUUGGUGUUAAUCAAAACUUUCAAGCAAAUCACCUUACUCAAAAUAGAUUUGUUCAAAAUAAUAAAGAUACUCAGAUAAGUUAUGGUUUUUGUGAUUAUUUAAACCCACAAAUCAAUCAAAAUAUUCAACUAAAUCAGAAUACUGAAAUCUCAAAUGAUCACGACCAUCAGGUUAUUCCUAGUAUCCAAGAAUAUUUUGGUAAUUUAAAUGAUUUGAAUGCCCAAAACCAUUACAAAAAUCCAAAGUUUGAAGGUAUUGAAAGCAAUCACAGUGUUUCUGAUAACCAAAAAAUAUUCAAUCCCAAUAUUGAUGGUUUAUUUUUUGAUAACAAUGGUUUUUCAACAUUAAAUGGUAUUAAUGAUUGCCAAACACACAACAAAUCAUCUGAUAUAAACAUAAUCCAUCCGAUAAACCCUUCACUUUUAAAUGAUGAAAUAAAUGUGAUUAAACAAGCAAAUGUUUCUUCUAUUUCAAAUACCUUAACAAACGCAAAAAAUAUUUAUAAACAUAGUGAUAAUAUUAGCAUAUCAAACAACAGUAAUGGUCAUUGUUUUAAUUAUCUAACUGCAAAUUCCAACUCUGAAAAUGUUUUUUCUAAGCUAGGUGAUAAUAAUACUGUGGUAAAUACAGGGACACCUUCUGAGCUAGUUAAUUCCUAUUCCAAGCCUUCAAAUGACUAUAACAAUAUUAAUGUUCAAAAUUCUAAUAAAAACAGUGUUGAUGGUUCUGAUAUUAACUUUUUUAACUAUAUGAAUCCAUUAAACAAUAUAAAUUUAAAUCUAAACUUUUCUUCUCCACCCUCUUUAAACACUAUAGCUAACAUUUAUAAUAAUUCAUUGAUGAAUUCUGGUGUUGAUCUUGAUACUAUUAGUUUUAAUCAUAAUGCUUUUUUUUCUAAUAAGAACAUAAAUUUAGAAAAAUCUAGCGAGAAUUUGGAUAUGAAUUUUGGGUUUUUCGAAAACCCGUUUACUACCUAUUCAAAUCAAGUUCAAAAAGAAAGUGUGGUUCAGGAUUUAAAUAAUUCAAAUGCAAAUUUCAGUGAAUUUUUUAAAAAUAGAAAAGAAAACAAGCAUACUACAAAUAGCACAGAAAAAUUGGGAUCAAUCAACCAGAAUAAUAACCAAAAAGAAAGUUCAAAUGAUUCGGGCUAUUUUUUGAAUGAUUUAGCACCUUUUGAGAAUAUGUCCUUGUUUACUUCCAUGGCUUCCAAUGAACUAAUUCCUUCGCUUAACAAUUGCCCUGAUGACUUUGAUGUUGAUAAUUUUACGAGGAAGGCUAUUGUUUCAGAUACUACGGCAAAGGAUCCAAAACAAUUAUUUCUUGUUUAUCUUUACAAACAUUUGAUUGACAAAAACAUGGUAGAAACGGCCAAAUCUUUAUUAGCUGAGGGGGAGGUUCCUAUUAAAAUUCCAACUGAUCUUCUGUUGCCUCUCACACCUCUGACUUCAAAUUCAUCUCCAACAUUGAUAAAAAAUAAAAAUAUUUUUGCAAAAUCUUUAGAUAGAAUAGCUGAAGAGGAUGUCGAAAAAGCCACUGUUGAAGAAAAUGUUAGCCAGAUGACUAAUAACGAAAAAGUAACUGACCAAAUCAAAUUUAAAAAUUUAAAAAAUACUAAAACGAAAAUUUCUCUUGAAAACAGUAAAUCUAAAGAUAAAUUAGAGGUGUUAACUCAUACUGAGAAAAAAGGCGGGGGCUUACAAGAAAUGAAGAACACUCAAAAAACGGAAGUGCAAAUAGCAACAGAACUUGAAACUGAAAAACAGGAAGCUUAUAAUUGCCAAAAACAUGUAUUUCCAAAAGUUAAUGAAAUUUGCAAGCAAAAAAAUAAAGAGGAUUCUAAUGAAAACAAUAUUAUCCAAGAUGUCGACAACUGGGCAGAAAGCCAAUUUUUGGCCAUUCCAAAUUUUCAAAUAUUUAACGUUGAACUUAAAAAGGAGUUUAAUUCGGAAACAUUGUCUCGGAUAUCAUACAAUCCUGAUACUAAUGACGAAACACCAACAUCAUUGGAGGCAUGGUGGACAAGGUUCCAAUUAUUAUUUACAAACUCUGAUAAAAUUGAUUAUCUUAAGGAUGGGCCAGAAGUUUCUUCUACUUCCAAAAGACUGCUGAAUCUGGUAGAUUUCCUGGAUGAAAAUUUGUCUAUUGAUGAAAUUCAUCCCAAAAGCUCUUUAUUGGAAGAUUUAAUAAUUCAUGCCAGCCCUCAGAAAAACAAAGAGCAUAGUUUCAAAAGCACUAAAGACGACAAUAGAUUAGUUAAAAACAGUUUUCAUUCAAACAAGACAACGGAAAACACAGUGUUUGGCUCAGAUGAUGUUAUACUGGUUCACUCUUGUAGAGAUUUGAUAAUUGAUCUUACUAAACAAGAUGAUGAUCAUUUAAUUUCAAAAACUAAUAAAACUUAUGCUGAAACCAAAAAUGACAUUUCUCAACAGAAAGUUCUUAAAAAUCCGGAGGUUAAUUUGCAAGCCAAUUUCUCUGGCGAAAGAAACAAUUCUAAUAAUCAUUCUCUUGUUAUUAGAAAUAAUCUUAACCAAAGUGAGGCUUUUAAUGAUACCUUGUCUUUCAAAAACAAAAAAAACGGUGAUUAUAAUAACGAGGUGCUAAAAAAUACCAAUAUUGGUGAUGCUGAUCACAUUUUUAAAAUACUGACCGAUGCAAAUAAUGAUAAUAUUACUGUUGACCUAUGCGAGGAAAAUCAAAGUAUUUAUUUAAAGACAACAAUGUAUAAAAAUAAAUUAUCAAGUAAAAUUAACCAAAAUAUUAGAGUUCAAACAAUUGAUAAUAAUUUAGAAGAUAGCAUGAAUCAAAGUAAAAAUAUUAAUUCAAGUCACAAAUUGAAUUUAAAUAAUGAUCAUAGUGAUUUGGUAAACAAGAAAGAAAACUUAUGUAGUAAAGAUUUAAUUUAUGAAAAUAAUAAUAUAUUCAUAAACAAUGAUGAAAACGGAAAAAAUAACAAUAGCACAAUUGCUGAUAUAAAAAAUAGUAAAGAUAAAACAAUUCUUGGAAACGCAAUUUAUUCUCAAAACAAAGAUUCAAAUAAGAUAGAUAAUGGUCUUGGUACCAAUAAUGAUAAAAAUUGGGAUCAAAGCAAUAAAAAUAAUGAAAAAAGUUCAAAAAAUGUCAUCAACAAUUCAAAAAUUGAUAUAAUUGAUAUUAAUUUAGAAAAUACUGAUUUUCAUGUCACCACUGAUGAAACUACCAAUAUCGUUCAGAGAAGUGAUAAUAACGUAAAUCUGAAUGAUGAGAAAUUUUCUGGCAUAACUAUUGAUAAGAACAGCGGUAACUCAGUUGAUAUCACUAUUGUUCAAAACUCUGGUGGUAUUUCUAAUAAUAUUAGCAGCAUCGCGCCUGAAACUGUUUCUUUUCGAACCAUUUACAAACCUUGCAGUGCGACAUUUAAUGAUGACCAAAAAGCCUCGAAUAAUAAAACUCUUCAAAUAAAAAACCACUUAAAAGAUACUACCAGUUAUAAUAGUAAUAUUAAUGAAAAUGACAACGAUAAUAAAAAUGAAAAUAAUAAUUGUGAUAAUUUUAAUGAUCAAAGCCAUAACAAUAAAAACGCUAAUACAGAGAAUAAUGACAGUAACAAUAACAAUAACAAUAACAAUAAUGAUAAUGGUUAUUCUUUAAAUAACUCUAAUAAAACACAAAUCAAUCUUAAUGAUAAUAAUAAGUGUAUUAAUACUUUAACUGCUUUUGAAAAUUUUUCAAAAAUAAACUCUAAUAAACUGAUUCGAAAUAAACAAAACAAUAGCAAUAAUAUCAAGUCUGAAAGAAAGAUUGGAAACGGUAGAAGAGGCAAUCUGGUUAAAAAAAAAAGGGUUAAAAUUGUCCCAAAAAACAAUAAAACUAUGAUUGAAAAAACCUCUAAUAUAAAAUGUAAACCGGUUUUAAUAUUACCUGCGCCUCCAACAGAACUUAUGAAAUAUGUAAAUUAUGAUAGUCCUAGUCCUGUGAAUAGUCCUCUAGUAAGUCCAAUUUUGAGUUCUACCUGUUCCAUUCAAGAUGUCAGAAUUGAUAAUAUAUCUACCGAUAAAAACCAGCAGAAACCUGCUGAAUACUUGAGAUAUCCUAACAUGCCAGUUACACCAUCAAUAUCACAUAGAAUUGAUGCUGCAUAUAUCCCCACCUUAAUGAUGCUGCACCAACAGCCUUUAAUUCAUGCUCAAAUUCCACCAAAUUUACAGGGACAAGGACAAUCGUUUCCUGUUCAUCCUAUUUAUAUGCCUUUACAUUCAGAGAUGCAAUUUUCACACGCACAAAAACAGCCUAUGAUAAUGGGAACACAACCUCAUUUUUUUCCUAAUUUUCAUUAUAUGGGUGCACCAAGUCAAUUUUUGCAAAAUCAUCCACCAAAUAACGCUGUUUCAUCUCAGGAAUUACAAUCUAAAGCUUUUGUUGAACUUAAUAAAAAUCUGAUUGAAUCUAAUAAAAAUCUAACAGAAUCUAAUAAAAAUCUAACAGAAUCUAAUAAAGAUUCAGAAAUUAUUCAUGAAACAUGCAUAGUUAUUCUGAAUAAUUCCAAAACUGAGGUCCCUAAAGAUAAUCGCUCUAAAUCAGAUAAUCCAGACAAAGUUACUUCACCAUCACCACGAACUGCUCGUAUGGUUGUUCAUAAAAAGAAUAUUGAAAAUGAGAACAAUGAUGAACAAAUUCUGAUAUCUUCUGAAAACCACGAAACUUCAGAUGAUUCUACAGAAAAACAAACGCAAAAUGUAGAAAGUUUGCCUGCUUUAGAUAUGAACAAUAAGGACUUAUUAAAAAACAAGCAGAAAAAACAAAAAGAAAAAGAACAAUCAGAUCAACAUCAAUCACAGUUACACCCACCGUUAGAGACUCAGAAAAAGCUGCCAAAUUCUCAAUUAAUGCAACUCAACAAUGAAAAACAAAAAAUUGAAGAAAGUAAAUCUUCUUCAACAAAGAACAAAUCGGAUUUUCAAAUUCAACAAAAACAGUUGUUGGAAAUAAAACAAAAAACUGGAGAAAUUAAAACACAGGAGACGAAGACAACAAAAUUAGAAAUACAAGAAAAACAAUCAAAAAUAUCAAAAAUAGAAAGAUCGGGUUUAAAACAGCCAGAAUUUUCUAGUCAGAGGCUUCAAGAAAAAGGCCAAUCAAACGAUUCCAAUCUUAUUGAUCGUUCUCAGAUUCAAAGUUCCCAAUCAAAUUGCAAAAAUUCAAAAUCACAGGUAUCACAAAAUUCUUUAUUUUCAGGGCCACCUCCUUCACUUGAAGAAGCAAUAAGAAUGAGAGAUGAUGAUCCAACUGUUUCUCUGAGCUCAAAUGCAAAUCAAACUUCUUCGAAUGUAUUGUUAUCUCAAUUGAAAGAUUAUGCUACGCAACAGGCUUCCUACCAAUCCAAUAAAUAUAAUGUUCAAAUUGACAAAGCCAAAGUGCAACAAUCAUUAUCUAAAACUGAUUAUAAACUUACAACUGAGGAUCACACUCGAGUUGAACCCAGUCAAUUGCCACUCUUUGAUCUUCAAGAAUUUACCCAAUCUCAAAUUCAAAACCAAUCAAACAACGAUCAUAAAUCACAGCUGCAGUCUGGUCAAAUUGUUUCGCAACCAAUGGUUCAAGAUGUAAAUACACCAAUGAUAUUUUAUGGUCUUACUAACUAUAAAUAUAUGUUAGAAAGGGAUAGUGCUAGUUCUUCAACAGGAAAUCAAAGUAAACAUACCAUGGAUUCAAAUUUCAUAAAUUCAUUUCAAAGAAAAAACUCUUCAACUGAAAAGGUGGUAUCUAAAAGUCCUUCUCCUUUUAACAAAACAAAAAGAAUUCUUUCAACUUCAUCGUCAAGUUUAGCUGGAAAAUCUUCAAAAAAAAGAAAAACGAGGCAUUUGUCAUGCGCUCCAAUUACUGAUUUUCAUCAUAGUAACUCUAUUAACACCAAUGAAUGUAAUACUGAUAAUAGUAAUACUGAUAAUAACAAUGUUGGUAAUAACAAUGUUGAUAAUAACAAUGUUGAUAAUAAAAAUAUUGAUAAUCAUGACAUUGACGUUACUAAAAAACCUCAACAUUCCAACCACCUUGAUAUUAGAAGUUUCAAUGCUCAUAUUUCAAAUCUUGACAACAAUUUGAAUUUUAAUAUGAAAACCACUUCAGGUGAAAUUUUUUUUGAUGUAAUGAAAGAUAUAAACAUUAAUUCUUUUUCUGGUUCACCAGCAUGUUCAACUCGUUUGUAUCAAAAUCUGACUGGAGCUAUUGAAGAUCUAUUUCUUCCAUCAUCAUCCAAUGAAAUGGUAAAUUUUGAUGAUUGUAAUGAUUUUGCAAAUCCUGAUAAUAGUUUGGUUUCUAUGUUUCCUAAAGGUGAUAUUGAUCCUAGUUUUUGUUUAUUUGAGGACGACAAAGAUUUAGAUGAUGGAUUGUUUUUAUUUGUGGAUUGA